AGGCUUCACAGUCAUGGCUUUCUGCGAGGGCCGCUUGGCGAGCGGGACGCCCGCAUGGCUCGUUGGGUGCCACACGCUGUCGCUUGCAGGAGCCUUCAUGUACCUCCUGAUGUCUGUGUGGUUUUCCAUGCACGCUUCCAUCACUGCGAAGAGCUACGAAACCCGCCUGCUGACGCAACUGGUGAGACUGCCAGUGCCCUCCUGGUCGCAACUGGAAGGGGCCAGGACCUAUGGGUCGACCUUCGAGAAGACCACCACAAAGCAGAUGCUGCGAGUGCCCUUCGUCAUGGGCACACAGCAGCGUGUCCUCAAUGAAAAGGCGGACGGUUCAGGUGAGGCUGGCAGGCCCGGGCAAAAUGAGGGCUCCGGCGCGCUGCCUGAGUCUGCAGACCUUUGGGGCCUUGAGGGGAAUGGCGAGAAGAUCUACGAGCUGGACGGUUCAAUUCGCACCAACCCUGACGAGCUGCGGCACUUGCAACUCAUCAAGCAGGUAAUGAAGUACUGGCAGUCCUACGAUGGCUUUGCGCGGGUGGCCAUGAGCAUGGGCACCAACCAGCUGAUCCUGGGCUUGUCCUACUACGUCAUUGGCUAUGUCCUCAUUUCCAACAAGGACAGCUGGGGAUCCUGGCUUCUGAUCCUUCGUCAAGAACGGUGCAAGGCGAUCAUGGCCUGCUGGCUGGUGGUGCUGCUUUUCAUGGUCAUUGCAACAGCGCUCAUCCGCCUGGACAUGUCCCUCACAGGUUUGGAGUUCCGCGCCGCAGUGGUUCUGGUCUCCGCCGGCCCCGCUCUCACUGCCCUGGCGGCCCAGCAAUGGCGCCUCCAUACGGUGAAAGGCUACGAGAUUGUGCACCUCUUGGCACCCUUGCCCUAUGCUGCCGAGGCUGCCUGGCUAAUGCUGUUGCUGUACAUCAGCAAGGUAGGAGAGCAAGAGGGAGGAGCAAUGCUUCCUACAGGUUUUCGAUCCGUCAUGUACAUUGAUGUCUUCGGAUGGAUCAAGCGCGCCCGAGCCAAGGGUAAGGAGGAGCAAGAGGCGGCGCUUUCCUUUAACACGGCGGAGGAGGAGGAGGAGGCGGAGGCUGCCGCAGAGGCCAGCGGUGGUCCCGAAGUGGCCGGCAAGGGCCCAGCUAUGGCGGCAGCCAGCUAUGAAGGGCGCCUGCUGAAGGCGCCCAAGGCCAGCAGGCCUGAGGAGCUUCCAGGGGCUGCCAAGCCGCCGCCAGAGUUUCUGGCCAAGCCGGAGAUGUUCGACCCCACCACCUUCGUCCCCCGGGAGAAGGACGGGCACCAGGCGAAUCACGAUCAGGAUAUCCACCCUUACCUCAAGCCCGGCCUCGUGCCCUGGCGCAUCUUUUGCUCCGCCACCUCCUUGUUGCUUAUACUUUGGUGGACCAGUGGCCUGCUCAUUUUGCUGCAGGCCUCUGGCUGGUCGGCUUUGCGGGUGUCGCCUCUGCUGCGGGACAGCGAGGAGGGCCCCAAGCCCAUUGAGCAGGGCGCCUUCCUGUUGGAGGAGGCGGUCGCCCCGGGAGGCCAGCCUUUGAUGGGAGAGCACAUAGAGACCUCGUGGCCCUUCGGCGCGGCUCCCAAGCGUCUGGCCUGCGCUGCAGACGGCGGCGCCGUGUCGCUGGCGGCCAGCAGCCGCUUCGGGCUUUUCGAGGCGGAGCUGCAGCAGACGAAGACGAGCGGAGUCGCCGACCGCAGCGCGGACUUCCGAUACGCGCCCGCCUGCGAUGCCCUCGAGGGCGAGGCGCUGCAAGACGUGGCGGUGGAUUGCCAAGGGCGCUGCGCUCUGCUGCUGCACCGUCAGGGCCGUCGGUUGACGCGGUGCGCGCUGAAGGGCGUGCGCUCUGAGGGUGCAGUCGCCAUGUCGCUCAGCGACGGCUGGCUGGGCGAGGGCGAUGCGGCCGCCGGGGAGGCCCAGGAGGAGGUCUCUUCUUUGGCGCUUCUUGACAGCUGUGGAAAGGCCUCAGGCUCGCAGCGUUGCGCCUACGCAGAGACCACCAGCGGGCGCCUGGUGGAGCUGAAGUCAGGGCUUGAAGGCUCCAUGAGGGCUGACUGGCUGCCCACGCGCGUUUUGAUGGCUGACAGCCGGGCGAUGCGUCGAGG